AGAGAGAGAGAGAGAGGGAGUGUGUGUGUGUGUGUGUGAGAGAGAGAGAGAGAGAGAGAGAGAGAGAGAGAGAGAGAGAGAGAGAGACCUACACAGUGCACUUGCAGUCUAUACACACACUCCUCAGCCAGGGAAGAGGAAGUAAAAGCAUUUCUCGGGUCUUAGUUGUUGCACCAGACUCUGCAGUGUUGUGAAAUGUUCUCGGUGUUGCUGCUCUUGUCUAACAGGUUUCUCGCCUGCUAUAAAUUCUAGAGACGGCGCUAAAAAUAAUGUAGUCGUGGGCGCGCUGCGGAUUCAGACCGGAUUUGGACGGAGGGCUCGUGCGCAAAUGGAUUCGGGCUGCGUCUCAAAGCGCAUAAGUCAGACACCGGGCUCGUUCUCGCAGGGUUGCCAUGGUUACGCAUCCUCCAGCGUAUAGGCUAGAUGAAGGAUGAACUCAGAUUUUUUUCCCCACUUUUUUUAAUUAGGCUCUUAGUAAUCAGGCUUGGGAAUCUGGAAAUCUUUCGCUCUGUGGAUGAUGAUGAUGAUGAUGAUGAUGAUCAGUGUUGGAUGCGGACUUGCGCGAGCCUUAAAACACAGAGAGAAACUUUUCAGGUUAGCCCACAUCUGGAUGCAGCAACAGCUGGAGCUGGAAUUGGGAAGCAAGGAUCACUCGCUGUGAUGAGAGAAAGAGGCAUGGCCAUGUUUUGGAGGUUUCUCUCCGCUCUCAGCUUCGACUGUCUGAAAGGGACCCCAGCUUCAUCUCAGAGGUCAUCCAUGAAGCUGGGAUCGAGCCAACCGUCGAGUAUGGAGAGCAGCUCGUUGACCGGCAGUUUCUCUCCAGGCUCGGACCUUCAGCCUCACUGCCAGUGCUGCAUCUCCUACGCUGCCCACCUCAGACGCCUCUCCUGUGGCCACCUGUACUGCGAGCCAUGCACCGUCCGCAUCGUCAACAUGGCCUUUGAGGACAUCGAGGGUCUGUCUGAGUACCCCUGCCCCGUCUGCAAGUCCCUGCGGCACCUCAACGGCUUCGACUACUCGCCCACGGGGAGCCAGAGACGGCUAAUCGAGGACAAAGACGAGCAACGGAACUAAACCCCGACAGCUUCCUUUUUUCCCACCGGACAGAAAACAGACACCACUGAGGACAUUGUGGAGAACAAAAAUGGAAACCCAUUUGAAUGGACCAACUGAUUACUUUGCAAUCCUGAAAAUUUAAAUAACACGCUAACAACAAAACAAAGCUAGCUAGCUAGCUCGAGAGAACGCCCUUCGUUCAUGGAUAUGAACAGUAAGAGCUGUAUAGCUAUGAUGAAAUAAUUAGUGGGAACAUUUUUCAAAUGAUUGUGAGACAUUUCUUGCCGUAAAUUGUGUCCACGUGUGAUUUGUGAUCGUUUCAGCCGAAGUGAACAACCUGUUUUCAUUUUAAUCUCCGCCCCCAUGGCAUCAUUAUUCCAAAAAAAUGGAUCUAGAAAACAGAAUUGCAUCCCAUUGUGAAGCGACUUCCUUAUUAUCAGCUCGUUUACGAUGAUACCUCAGCGCUGUCAAGUUCUGGAUUCUGAUUGGUUUAAUUAUUUCCUAGAGCAACAGCUCUAACAGUAGCGCGGGUUUCUAUUAAUGCUCUCGGUCUGACGCGUUAUCGUUUCUAUAGCAACAGCUCAUUCACUGGGACUUACACCAUUUUCUGAGCAAACAGAGAAGUUUAGUGAACAGUCAGAUAUAAAACUGUAACCUUCAGGACGGAGAAGUUUACACUUCUUCUCAGAUCGUCAGUAACUCGAUCGUUUUGUGAGCGACACUUUAUAGCUCUAUAACGUGAGGGACUUUUUAUUACAGAUGUAACUAUAAAGGGAUAAAAAGUACACUGUCCUGUAUGUAAUGAAUGAAAAUGUCAUUUUCUACCAGAUUAGUCUCUAAGAACAGAGACUGCGCUUCAUCACACCAUCCCGUCGUUCAUUAUUUACCUUUAACGGCACGACUCGGUGUUUUAUUUCUUACUUCCAGUUUAUUUUCUCAGUGUUUGCUGCCUGAUUCUUAUGAAAGUUUGUUGCCAGUGUUUGACUGUUUAGUAUCCCGUGCUGUGGACGACAGUAUUGAGUAACUUUUGCACUGAAAUAUCGACGAUGAACCUCCUGCUUCUUGUAAAGUGAUGGUGUAAAUAUUUAUUUUCAUACAAAUAUAAAAUCAUCACAAAUCUCA